AUGAUAACUAGAUCUCUUGAUUGUCGCAACAUCACUUGGUCGUACCUGGUGUUUGAGACUGAAGAACUGCCCGAUUCUCUGGUCGAGGCCUCCUUGGCUCUUUCGAGUCCUAAUUUAACGAAUGCCUUCAUCGAUGUCGGUGAUGCAUAUUUCCAGAAGAUUAUAAACGACUUUUCAACCAGUCCUCUCGACAUAACCAGCAUCCAAAAUUCAGUCACAGAGGUUUUAGACUUCAUGCCAGGUGUUGAGUGUGGCGAUAAACCGCCUAUUUUAUCGGAAAUGGGGGCAGUUGACUUGGAUUAUAAUUGUGUCGAAUCUGACCUUCUCGGCCAUCAACAGAAUAACUCAAAGUCUAAACCAGUAGCGGAUGUCACGUCUUGUCGCUUGGGUCAAGGUCAUAGGAACAUUCCCAUCAGUGAAUCGUUGAUGAAUAAACAGAAGCAGUACCGUCAGCCGAAGGAAGUUAUUUCAGAAGACGAGAGCGACUCUCUGACGGAAAGCAGCGAUGCUGACGAUGCUGACGGUGAUUUUGUGGAUGAAGCGUCUCUAAAAAAGCCAACCCCGCGUAAAUCAGAAGCCCUCCUUGACGUUGACCCCAGUUACGUCCCUCGUUUGCCAGGCCCUCCGCCGGCCAACUGUAAGCUGGAGCCCCUGGGGAAGGUGUCAAGUUUCAUUUCUGGCUGCGUUAUAAUCGAAGCAAUGCCGUCGUUGCCCGCGUUGGACACUGGGUCAGCUCUCUACCUAACCGGCAGACGACCACUUGGUGAGGUUUAUGACACGAUCGGUCCGGUGAGAUCGCCGUUUUACGUAGUGGUGCACGAGAACAGGCAACCACCGCCUUCGCUAGCAAAAAAGCCCUCCAAGCCCCGCAACCGCCCACGCAAUCACAAAGGCCGUCAGAACGCCACCUUGGAAACUGCACCAGCAACUCAGGCACUCGGCAACGAGAACAGCUUGGCCGAGAAUGCGCGUGAAGAGGAGGCGAGCGCCCAAGCCCUCCCAACUGAGCGCGUCAAGCUGAAGGUGAAGGUGAAUUUGGGCGAUCGGGUUUACUACGUGGCGGACGAUCCCGCGCUCUCUAUUCCCAUCCUCUGCUCCGAGCUGGCCAGACUGCGCGGUUCGGACGCGUCCGGCCAACACGACAGGGAGCUGCCGGUGGAGUUACAAGAGUACUCCGACGACGAGGAGGAGCGUCUGCACAAGCGCAAACUCAAGAGCAAACGGAGUGCUCCCGGCGCAGACCUGGACGGUUCUUCGGGUGCGCGAGGAGGGCAUCACCUGCGUCGUCUGACGACAGCCGGUGGAGGUUUUGCGGGUCGAGGCGGGAAAAAGUCUGGCGCCUGGAGACCAUCCAACUCGGAGCAGCUUCUUCGGCCGUCCUUCCUGCCAGACGCAUCGAGGCAGCCACCAGCGUCGUCGGCUGGUUCAACUUGGGAUCCCAGGGCACCGCCAACGUGGUCCUCGUGGCAAUCCUACAAUCAGUCAUGGGGACCUCCGACAGAGGCGUAUUCAGCCGCCUACUCCCACCAGUCAGCCUCACAGGCCUACGCCGGUACUGGAAGGAAUUCAAUAUUUUCGCCGGCACCCUUGCCCCCCUUUGGCACUGGGCCUCCAGCCCCACCACCGUCAGCCCCGAAUCAGUGCUGGGCCUCCACUCCCCCCACCUACUGGAACCAAUCACCCACUCCUCCCCCGUGGUGGAAUGCUCUACCUCGUCCUCCUCCUCCUCCCCCUCCUCCUCACGGACCACAAUGGGAUCAGCGGUGA